AUGGAAGAUCUUGCCGAGUAUAUAGUGCGAUACAGAGCAGCCCGAGCUGGGUUGGAACUCCUGGGAACCAUCUUUGCUAAGGAUGACUUUGAUGCCGAGGAGGAUGCAGUUGCACUGAAAGGUGCCAUGCGAGGACUAGGCACGGAUGAAGAUGAAAUAAUUGAAAUAUUAGCCAAUAGGACCGGGGUGGAGAGACUCCUUAUCGCUAUGAAGUUCAAGGCAUGUUAUGGACAGGAUCUUGUUGAUGAGCUGAAAAGUGAAUUGAGAGGCAACUUGGAAGAAGCCAUUGAAGCCUUGAUGACGCCCCCACCGGUCUUUGACGCAAAAACACUGCGUAACGCAAUGAAGGGUGCUGGCACAGAUGAGCGUACUAUAAUUGAAAUCAUGUGUACAAGGAUGAAUGAGGAAAUUGAGGCAAUCAAGAUGGCUUAUGCAAUCGUUUUUGAGCGGGACCUUGCUGAGGACCUUGAGAACGAGACAUCCGGGGACUUUAAGUAUCUCAUGUUGUCAAUCUGCGCGUGCGGACGUGACGAGAGUGAUGAUGUAGAUGAAGACCAAGCAAAGGAAGAUGCGCAGGAACUCUUUGAUGCUGGUGAAGACCGUUGGGGCACAGACGAGAGCACAUUCAACCGUAUCCUGGCAACCAGAAACUUCGAGCAGCUGAAGGAAACCUUCAAACAAUACCAAGAAAUUGCUGGUUGUGACAUUGAAGAAUCCAUCCGCGAUGAAUGCAGCGGUAAUCUACAGGAUGGCUACCUCGCUAUAGUUGCCCGUGCUAAGAGCCCUGCAGUGUUUUUCGCUGAUCGUAUGUAUGAUUCAAUGAAGGGAGCUGGCACUGAUGAUGAACGACUCAUCCGAUGCAUUGUCUCACGAUCAGAGAUUGAUAUGAGGAAAAUAAAGAUUGCCUUCUUCAUCAAAUAUGAGGUCGGCUUGGCAAGUUUCAUCAAAGACGACUGCUCUGGAGACUACGGUAAACUUCUUCUUGCCCUCGUCAAGGGAGACACCGAUGAUGAUUAGAGCAGCACAUAGUCUUGAUUCGCGACUUUUGUUUUAUUAAUCACCGGUAGAGGGCGCUACAUCGACUGUUUUAGAGCAUGGCAUGGAAGGACUGGAGCAAGUCUACACAUAUGGAUUGUUAGGUUUGAUCCAGAUGUUUGUGUGAUACAGAUAUCUCUUCUCCAGUGAUUUUUGUUGCGGACACUAUACGUGUUGCGAUAUCAGCAAAUAAGUUUACAAAAUGAACGUCUCCAAUCAAGACUAAGCAGCACUAAGAUCAGAGUAAACGUGCCGAAGUCGAUUUCACAAAACUCUUCCUAACUUAGGAUUAAUCUUAGGACUUAGAACGAGUUAAGUUCCGUAUUCGAAGACGUUGGGACGCAAUGAACCCAUUGGGAUGGGUUACUCGUCCUAACUCGAGAUAGGAUUAAUCCCAUAGCGUUUCGUGAAAUCGGCUGCCUUGGAUCAUGACAAAAUGCUGUAUCUUUAUCUGUAUUAGACUCUUUUAAAGCCGUUCGGUUGCGUUCAAAAUUAUGUUAGCUAUAGUAAUAAAAAGCACCAAGUAGGUUUUAUAAAAAACACAGUUUAAAAUCUGAUAAUGCACUAUCUACUUAUUUCAUUGCACUUAUUUUUAAAAACACGCCAAUUAUGAGAGAGUUUGUAAGAAUUGUUUCAUGGGUUUAACCUGCUUCUUCUUUAUUGAUAUUUUGGUUCCUCACAGUCGAUUUAUCGUCUUCAAGUUUCUACACUCCCCUGUCUAGUUAUUGACUUUUAUGUUUCAGUGUAACUAAUAGCUCUAUAUCAUUGAAACAAACAAUGUUGUGUAACUCGAAAUCAUUGAAUUGUACAUUGUAGCAUUCUCGUAAGACUUUGUUGUUUUUUCCAUUUUAUCAUUUUGUUUCAUCGGAUAAAAAAACAUUCAAAGAUUAUGAUCUUAAUUUAGGUUUUACCUAUAUACACCGAUGUGUGCUGGCACUGUAUACUCAGUACUUUCCCGAACUCUGUGGAAAAAAACACAAACAGAUU